UCCGGCGGCGCCAAAAAGCGACCCGGAAGGUUGGCGCGGUGCACAAGCGCGGUUGCCCACUGGACUUCGGCGGUGUGAAGUUUCACACCCGGAUGGAGGUUGUGCGAGGCCUCCCCAGCCGAGGAGGGCGACUCUGAGAUCAUGGCUCAUUUGGAUGAAGCGGCCCACCGGCUGUCCAAAAGUGGCACAACCCUCUAUGCGGUGCUGGAGCUUAAGAAGGGCGCCUCACCCGAAGACAUCAAAAAGGCCUACAGGAACCUGGCCUUGAAGUAUCAUCCAGACAAGAAUCCAGGGAACGCUCAAGCAACAGAAAUAUUCAAAGAGAUCAACACAGCCCACUCCAUACUGAGUGACCCCAAGAAGCGGAAAAUCUACGACCGGCAUGGCUCGUUGGGAAUAUAUAUAUAUGAUCACUUUGGCGAAGAAGGCGUCACUUACUAUUUUACACUGAAUAGUUGUUGGUUCAAGACACUUGUCCUCCUGUGUGCUCUGCUCACCUGUUGCUGUUGCUGCUGCUGUUGCUGCUUUUGCUGUGGAACACUUAAGCCACCAUCUGAGGAUGUUGCUAGAAGAUAUCAGCAGAAUGUCCAGAAUCAGCCUCCCAGGUCAGGAAACAAAAGAAAUUUUAGAAGAGAGGACGAAGAUAAUGAAUUUAAUGGCUAAAAGAUUAAGAGGAAUGAGGUGCUGACCCAGUGAGGGUGCCUUCUGCCACCCAAUCCACUGGACACACCGAAGAGAGGAGCAAGUAGCCCUGUCCUGACAUUGACCCUGAUUUGCCCCUCUUCUUAUAAGAAUCCAAACUUAGAAGCAUUGAUGGCAUCUAUCCUAGUGACGAUGCCACCUCUGUCCUUGAUGGUAUCACUGACCCUGGCGAUACAGGGUCACCCAGCCACUCUUCUUUUUAGCUCCAGUCCCAAUUUUAAUCUGCUUAGAGAGCAGCCUUCCCGUCCCUACCCUUAUGAGGUCUCAGGCAGUGGUGACAGACUUUUCCCCAGCAUUCUUUUUCCUGUGCCUUCCUUGGGAUUUGAGCCAAUUUCAGCCGGUAGGGUCCCUUAGCUGCUUGCAAUAUCUCCACCAAGAUCCUGAUAACUGAGCAGGGUGGAUCCUUUCCCAGAGCUACUAUAGCAGCUAACCUCCUUUGUUGCACCUCUGCACCAAGAACUCUAACCAUCAGCCUCAUUCCUAUGCCAGCACACCUUUCUGGGGCUGGUUUCACGUUCUUCUGGUGCCCAUGCACUUGUCGUUGUCAGCCUUAUUCCAUGCCACCAUGAAUCAACCCGGGCAAAGUAUGAAUGCAUUUGAGAUGUAGGGGUAGUUCUCCCACCUUUGGAUUCUCCCUGGACUACACCACAGCACAGCAUGCCUUAGCAUGGGUCCUAUGAGUUAGCUGAAGCUCACAUAUCAGUGCCUGCUUGCCUUCAUCCUUUUCACCAUGUCUUGUGCAGGCUGAUCAUCAUAUAUUUUGUUCUUAAAACAGGGGCAUGAAACAUGUGAUAGGGAGAAGAUUAUACUUUUCCAGACCCUUUUACCACUCAUGCCUCUUCACACUGCCUGUUUGGUAUACUCUCCACACCAUUUAUUUUCCUGUCCACCCAAGGUCAAAGCUAGUAACUCCUCAAACCUCUCUCCUGACUGGGAGAAGGGGUAAAGAAUGUCAAUAAAUAAAAGAGCUUUUGUCCAA